UAAACUCCAAGCUCAACAACAAAGCUCCAACCUCGGUUCACCAGCUUGUCUUGCUUGUCCUAGUUAUCUAUCAUUUCUGUUGCUGGACGCCCCACUUGUGCUUAUUUCUGCCUCUUCGCGUUCCGAUGGGUACCCGAAGCCUGAUCUGCGUCUGGUACAAGGGCCGCUUCGUCAUCGCCCAGUAUACCCAGUUCGAUGGCUAUCCCGAAGGUCAGGGAGCUGAUAUCCUACGGUUCAUAUCUGUCAAGGGGAACAUCGAGCGGCUCAAAGCUGGACUCGAACAUGUCAAAGCCAUCAGCGACCAAGAGCUCAAUGAAAUCCAUCGAAAAGUUGAUGAGGGCCUCAGAGCCAGAAAAAAUGCCGGAGUUACCACCUCCUCCAUGAACAUGAUGAUGAUGACGGGGGGUUCAGGAAUCGACAGCCUCUACCCUUCUCUUUCCCGCCUUGCUGGUGCUGGUAUCUUGGAAAUUGCUGCCCAAGCCACUGCCGACAAGCCCGUCCCGGUUUCUCUGGAUUUGGAAUUCGCCAAUGACUCCCUGUUCUGCGAGUGGGCUUAUUGCAUUGAUCUUGAUACAGCCGUUUUUGAGGUGUUUGGAGGCGGCUCUUUAAAGGCAAAUUCCGGCAGCAAGCGAUUCGAGGAUGUCGGGGGAGCAAAUGAUCCGGUUCCUACUCUGAUUAGGAGUUUCUCGCUUGACAAUUUGCCCGAGAACCCGGACGCGUUUAUCGAGCUUUUAGGAGAUGUGUAUGACUCUGGGGAUGAACCGCAGGAAGAGGAAGAGGAAAGGGACCUAGCGAAAACUGUUGAUGAAGAUGCCGCCCAAGACGAUACAGUCAUCAAUCCGGCCGGAUAACUGCGCAAAACAUAUGACCCCCACCGUCUUCUCCUGUUUGCACCAUGUAUUCACCACCUACUCGUAGGGCAAUGCCAUGGUCUGAAGGCCCGUGUAUCCAUGAUCAUUUCAAACUGCUUUGCUACUCACAGCGCUUGCUGUUAAAACUAGUGCGAAGAGGCGGGGUAAUGUGGGUGCUAUUCCUCUUCUUUGCGUUGGUAAACCAUUCCAUACCCUCUGGCAUGUCGCCUACUAUAUGUACCCGGAUGUUCUAGGGGUCGCUAAUUCGUUUGUGAAAUGAUUGCUUUCGCCGUUGCUCGGCCAUCCU